AUGGCCGAACGGAAACCCACCCUAGCGCUGGGCGCCAAGUACAACGCAACUUGGCAGCAAACCAUGCUGCGUAUUUAUGACCCCAAAGAAACGGUCGCCUUUUACGAAAAGAACUUUGGGAUGAUAAAUAUCCACACGUACCAUUUUGAUGAGUACAACUUUUCUUUGUACUUUUUGAUAACCCCUCCGUAUGACGAAGAAGAAAGGAAGAAAAUCCCCCCACCAAAUACGAUCGAAUCGGAGAAGUACCUUUGGAACUUAAAGACCGUCUGCCUCGAAUUAACCCAUAAUCAUAACAGUACGGAAAAGUUAAGUAACGGAAACAAUGAUAAUGAUAGAGGAUUUGGACACAUCGCUUUUAACUGCCAUAAUGUGGUCGAAUUUUGUGAUUACCUUUUUAAAGAGAAAAAAGUAAAAUUUCAUAAAUUGCCACAUGAAACGAAAAUGAAGAGCAUUGGCUUUGCACUCGAUCCGAAUGACUACUGGAUUGAAAUAGUCAAGCGAUCCAGUGAAGUCAAAUGGAAGAACAAUAAAGGAAUUACAAACUUCUCACAAACCAUGAUUAGGGUUAAGAAUCCUGAAAAAAGCUUAUAUUUCUACUUACACAUAUUGGGUAUGAAAUUAGUUCACAUUAAGCAUGCCUCGGAUUUCUCCCUAUACUUUUUGAAGUCCCCUUAUUUGGAAAAUAAAAAAGAUGGAAAUAUUUCUACAAAGGAGGAGGAACAGAACCAGAGUUACUACAAUUUUGAAGAGCUAAAGAAGGCAUACCAAUCUGAUCAAGAUUAUGAAAAUCUGAAAACUUCUUGGGAACCCGUCCUGGAAUUAACCCAUAAUCAUGGUACAGAAAGUGACGAUAAAUUUGCAUAUCAUAAUGGGAACUCCGAACCGAGAGGGUUCGGUCACAUUGGCUUUUUGGUCGACGAUUUGGUGAACUACUGCCAGGAGUUAGAAAAACUGGGUAUUCCUUUUAAGAAAAAGUUACACGAGGGGCAAAUGAAUAACAUCGCUUUUGUGUAUGACCCGGAUAAUUACCUCGUCGAGUUGAUUCAAAGGGGC